AGGUACUUGUACCAUACAAUCAAUUAAAUCAAUCAAUCAUCUUUUUUUCUUCUUUUUCUUCUUUCUUCUCUUGCCUCGUGCCUCGUUUCCAUGCAACACACACAACAUUGCACUCUUUUCCAACCUUGAUUGCCCUGCAUUUCCCGCAUUCCUUUUUUUUCCCCAUGCAUUGCGUUAAUAUUAUUCCUCUUCGCAAUCUAGCCACUCCCUUUCCGCAUGUUAUAGAAGAUAUCCUAGGUAUACUCCAUUAAUAACCACGGCCCAACAUCACGUUGUCCCGCAUCCGCAUCAUUACCGCUACCGCCGUUAUUAUUAUUAUCCUUAGCAACAACAACCUUUACGCCAUCCGGUGCUUAUCCCCCGCCGAACCGUUACUAAAGGCACCUUACCUACCUAUCUAUCACAGACACACCCCUAUCGCAUCGCACUGACACGUUAAGAGAACGAUGGGCAUCUUUAGCCAAAAGUCUAAAGUGAAACCCGCGCCGCAAGAGGUCCGCGUGGAGAAGGUCAGGGUUCCGGCCAAGCCGCGCCCCUCGCGACCUGGCCUGGCCCCGAACAGCAGCAGCAGUAGCAACAACGGCCCGCGCAAGCCCACCUCGGGCCCGUACUCCGCGUCGCCGCGCCCCUCGCCGAAGCCGCGGCUGUCGCGCCCCACGAGCGCCUCGCCGUACCCUUCGUCCGCGGACGAGCAGCGACGGGGAGGCGGAGUGCUCGCCCGCAAGCGCAAAAACAUCACCAGCACCCCGCGAGACUCGCCCGCCUUCGGCAACGACUCCGAUGACGAUGACAACGAUGAAGACGACGACCCGUUCCGCAAACGCAUCCGACACAGCGAGACGCGAUCGGUCGACCUGAACCGCAAGCUGCGCCACAAGAAGGCGUUCGGCGAUGAGGUCAGAGACCCGCGCAUGAUUCACGCGGCCGAUAUUGCGUCGGUGGCUACUAAGUGUCCCCCUAUUCAGGGCGCCAACCCAGAAGAGGUCGCCAUCGAGCUGCAAUAUCCGUCGCGGUGCACGCGCGAAAGGUACGAAUUGGUGUGGCAGAAAGAUAAGAUCGAUGCAGUCAAAGAUAUCCUCUCCGUACUGGAGCACGUGGCUGAGACAUAUCUCACCGAUGACGAAGCGAAGCCCUUCAUUGAUCACAACGCAAGCUUUAAGCGACAGAUGGAACGCGCUAUCAGCGAGAACUACAGAGACGUCGCAGUUUUUAGAACAGCACUACAGAAUUACAACGACAAGCUACUACAAUUGGUUGAGAACGGCACAGUGGCCAGGAACAUAGAUGAGAAUCACCACCUCCCGCCCAGCCUCGUCUCCUUCAUCCUCAACCAAAUAUACGACCGCACCGUCGCGCCCAAGGUGGAGAUGCUCACCAAAUACGAAAUGGGCAGUGACAAUGUUUAUGGCGAAUUGCUACACCCCUUCAUUACAAAGCUACUCGUUGAGCAAACGAAGAUGACUUCCGACCAAGUCUUCAUAGAUCUCGGUUCUGGGGUGGGCAAUGUCGUACUCCAAGCGGCACUCGAGAUCGGCUGUCGAAGUUAUGGCUGUGAGAUGAUGGAGAAUGCCUGCAACCUUGCUGAGGCGCAGGAGAAGGAAUUCAAAUCACGAUGUCUUCUCUGGGGCGUCGCGCACGGGAGGGUUCAUCUCGAGAGAGGCGAUUUCCGCACCAAUGCGAAAAUAUUGGAAAAAUUAAAGGAAGCGGACGUGAUACUCGUCAACAACAAAGCCUUCACUUCCACUCUCAACGACGCCCUUAUCAACAUGUUCCUAGACCUCAAGAAGGGCUGCAAAAUUAUCUCGCUAAAGUCAUUUGUCCACGAGAACAAAACAGCUAUCAACGACGUCGCAAACAGCAUCCUCGACGUCGAACACUAUCGCUAUCACCAGAAUUGGGUGAGUUGGGCCGCAUCUGAAGGUGACUACUAUAUCUCAACGAAGAAGUAAAGUAGAAGGUAUCACGCAACCUAAAAGAGAAAGAAGAAUCGAAUCAGCAUUCAUAUUGAUCUGUAUAGAAUAGGGAAAGAAGGCGAAAGAACACGCGUUAAGGAUACCACAUUUGCAUAGACGAGCGUCAUUGAAAGGAUACCAGAGCGAGACCACUGCGGUUAGCACUUACCCUACAGGUGUGAGGGUGUAUAAAUAGAACACGGCGUCACAAUACAUUCGUACUGAUAUCUCUUCCUUCCAUCAUUCUGCUAGGCCAGGCGUCCGUCACCUCCGACUCUUACUACCAGGUGUUUCGUUUUCCAAGUUCAUGGCAUCCGCC